UCCGACUUUUACUACACAUCGACCGAGCACCGAGCAUCGAGCCUCAGCCAUGGUGCGCUACAUCCCCACGCAGGUCCCGGCGGCCAUGUCGCGUCUUAUCGCGAGUACGCUCGUCGCUAAGCCGCCAACAUGGUACGCGCCUGUGAUCAACAACCCGCCGCCGGCGAUCCCGCUGCGGCGCGCGACGCGCCGCAACAGGCCACACGAGGGCAAGGGGUACGACGACCUGCCGACGGACGCCGAGUUCGACGCGCGGCGCGAGGGGCAUGCGUCGCGCGCGCGCGCGCGCCACACGCGCGAGCCGAAGCAGCGGCCCCGCGACAUCGUGUAUGCCGCGGACCAUGUGCGGCGCCAGUUCUUCGCCGAUUUCCCGUUCGAGGCGCUGCGCCCGCACUCGCUUGUCGAGGCCGACACGGUCCGCCUGUCGACUGCCGUCGACGGCGCCGCGUGGACUGCGCUCAGCCAGCGCGGCGCAUACCCCACCAUCGAGGACACGGUCGAGUUCACGCUCAACCUUCACGCCAAGGGGCUGAGCUUGAGCCAUGCGUACAAGCAGGCGACGGACGAGUUUAUCGCCCUCCGUGCCGCGCACGAGAUGGCGACCCUGGCCGCGCAGGGUGAGGCCGUGGCGUACGGUGCCGAGUUCAAGCGCUCAGAACACCAACGGACCUUUGACAAGGAGGCGCGGAUUCUUGACGAGACGGCGGCCUCGCGCGCCGGCACCGCGACGCAGACGGGACACGUGCCGACGCUCAAGCACCGCAAGCCCAAGGUGUGGACGGCUGACGUCGUGCCAGGGUCAGUGCCAGCGGGCGGGUUCACAGGAGGGAAGGCGUACGCUGCGCGCUGGCGCCUUCCGCCGCCUGUCCGUGCGGGUGUCGCGGCCGGCGACUUGCUCUCCGCGAUCCAGCCCGCACCAGUCGCGCCAGCGGCACCCGUGGCGGACGCAGCAAGCACGCCGAAGAAGGACGAGGAGGAGAUGGACGACCUCGAGCUCAUGGCCGCCAUCCUUGGCAAGAACUAGCAUCUGCAUGCAUGUACAUCUGAUCUG